UUAUUAUUUUUUCAUCUUCGAAUAUACAAGAUGACUAGAAUUGUACUUCCUGGCGAUUUUAUUACCGACAAUUUUCUUGUUGUUUCAACUCAAGCGCCAAGACUUGUUGGAUAUGGAUUGCAAAAACGUGAGGAUGGUAUUUAUGCUGUAAAUGCUGGAAUACUUCAUGAACAUGAUAAUAAACUUUGGUUAAAUACUUCAAUGAAAAGGUACAUUCCACACUCUGGCGAUCGAGUCUUAGGCACAGUCACAGCUAAAGUUGGUGACAUUUUUAGAGUUGACAUUGGAGGGCCUGAUUUAGCUCUACUCAAUUAUACGUCUUUUGAAGGGGCUACAAAGAGGAAUAGACCAAAUGUCAAAGUCGGAGAUCUUAUUUAUGGACAAAUAAUUUUAACUUCGAAACAUUUUGAACCUGAGCUUUCCUGUGUCGAUUCUGAAUCCCGUGCUAGAGGAAUGGGCGUUAUUUCAACUCCAGGACUUGUCUUCUCAGUCACUCUAUGUCAUGCAAGAAAUCUGCUUAAAGAGAAUGAUCAAAUAAUUCCUGCUUUAGGAAAAGAACUUAAAUUUGAAAUUACAAUUGGAGUGAAUGGAAGGAUUUGGUAA